AUGAAGGCAAUCGCUGAUGAAAAUGGUGGUUUAUAUUUGCUAGAUGCCCCUGGUGGAACUGGCAAGACAUUCCUUAUGUCAUUAGUUUUAGCAACUGUUCGGGCGAGAUCCAACAUAGCGGUUACAGUUGCUUCUUCUGGAAUAGCAGCCACAUUGUUAGAAGGUUGCCGUACGGCUCAUUCAGCAUUCAAAUUACCGUUAAAUCUUCAAAUUAUUGAAGAACCAACGUGUAAUAUUGCAAAACACUCAGCAAUGGCCAAAGUUUUAGCGGCAUCGAAAAUCAUCAUCUGGGACGAAUGCACAAUGGCGCAUAAACGUGCAUUAGAAGCACUUAACCGAACAUUAAAAGAUUUACGCAAUGACUCGAGAUGUUUUGGAGGAGCAAUGAUUUUACUGUCUGGCGAUUUCCGCCAAAUACUGGCAGUAAUUCCAAGAUCUACGGCUGCCGAUGAAAUAAACGCUUGCUUCAAAUCGUCAAAUCUAUGGCGCUAUGUGAAGAAACUGCAGCUGACAACAAACAUGAGAGUUACAUUGCUUAAUGAUACAUCUGCUGAAGAUUUCUCGGAGCAAUUGCUGAUUGUCGAUCCGAAAAAAGUAAUUGAUAGAAAAAUGCCAAUGGUAGACUCUGCAAGCAUUGAACUACUCAAUGUUGAGUGA